CAUGCCGGCGGCGGUGGCGGAAGCCCAUCACUGAGCAGCAAGUGGUGUCCCGUGGCCUACAAUUUCCUCGAGGUCAUUGCCCCCUAUGGUCAGGCGCCAGAGACAACAGCAGCAGGGUCUCCCUAUUUCUCUAGGUCUGCGUCUGUGCGAAUUGCGGAGCUGCUGCGAUCACUGAUCAUCCUACUUGUGGGUCCGAAGCCUUAUCGCCAUCUACGAGACAUCCACCACUUGGCCCAAAUGGUCGAACGUGUGCGCUCCAUCUGCGGAUCCGAUGCGCAAACGCAGUCGUCACCCGUAGGCAAACAUCUAAUCUCUUCGACCUCGGACAGCCUCUCCGAUCCUUCCCUCUUUACUCUGGCCAGGUCGGAGGAGUUACAAGUGACGGAGACGCUCAUGCUUACUGAGAAAAUGCAGCUCUCGUUCGAAUCGGAGUGUUCUAUCGUACGUUUUUCGGUUUAUUAUAUGUUGUGGUUGGCUGCUUGCUCCUACCUUCGCAAUGCAGUCGUGCAAAGAAUAACCAAUGCUUUCGGCUUGCAUGGCUGGUGCCGAGUUCUGUCGCCAUAUCUAACGCUUCUUCGUUUCAUUAUGCAGGAAAAGCACACUGCGACUUCAUGUGAUUUGAAAAUGACCCGUUUUCUAUCCCCCUUCCCACUAACUGUUGAGAAGAAACUGAUUUAA